UUGUGUGUUUCUCUUGUGUUUUUCUUGUGCACGGAGUUUCUGAUAGUUGCAAAUCGGUGAAAUUUUAAGAAAAACUUGUUUUAAUCGAUAAAAUUACAAACUGUUAGUAAAAAUAACCCGAGUAAAGGAACGCGCUGUCGAAAAUGUAAGUGAAAAAGUGUUGGGUGUAGCCGAAACUAUAAGGAAAAAAAAUGUAAAUUUUGUGCCAGUGAAAUCGCAAAAGGAUUUGGCGCUAGUGUCUGAAAAAAUAAGAAAUCGAAUAAAAUACCAGUAAUAUUUGCAUUCACAAUAACAAAAAACGUCAUCAUUCAAUAAUAAAUUAUUGAAUCUUGCGAAAACAGUUUAUUGAAAGUAUGCAGCCAUAUGAAAAAAGCAAUCCCGAAAAUCAAUUUUUCACUGUCUGUCGAUUAGUGCAAGCACAAUCAACGCAACACUGAAGCUCAGCAAGGUAACCCGUAUUGAGUGGAAUACUUGAAAACGACUACCAAGUGGAAAAAAUACAAGUUUUUCGUCGGUGCUUAAACUGUGAAACCAAAAGCGGAAUCGGUGCACUACAAAAGGAAGGCGGCUGCUGUUUGAAAAUUAUACCUGGAAUUGUAGUAAAAAUCGCGUGAAAGCAUCCCCUACCACCCUCACAAACAUCGCACCGCACCACACUGCGCCGCAACGCGCAUCCCCCGCACACAUUAGCGGCGCAGCGCAUAGCAGCUGACGACCUUCGUGUUCGCAUUUAGUUUGCACCGGCCAGCAAGGGUCAACCAACAGCACUAUUGAUUGCCCUUCGCAUGUGUGGCGUCCAGCAGCUGAGCUCGCCGGUUGUGCCCAACUAAGCGGCACGAGCGACGCUAACAAAAUCAGCAACGACGAGUAGCUAGCGAAUCGUUGCGCCACAUACAACUCUUUCCACAUACUUUUGCACUUCCUCAAUAGCAAAUAGCAAUAACUAACACACUAUCCAUAGUGGAGCAACAGCAAUCACAACAAAAAUAACAACCAUAAGAUGUUCAAUUUCAUGAAAAAGGGCGUAUCCUCGGUGAGUGGUGGCAGCAGCGGCGGUGGCGACGAAGAGAAAGAGCGUCGCAAACGUGAGAAGAAAUUGCGUAAAGAGGCUAAAAAUGCAGGUCUGCUUUCGGGCAGCAUGAGCACUGAGGAGCUGCUGCGUCUAGAUGAGGUACGCCGUUCGCUAAAAAUUCGCGGUCGUCGCAAAGAGAAAGAGAAAUUGCCUAGCGGCAUUACAGCUGAUUAUAGUGCGGAGUUUUUUGCCCAGCUGGAUAUCGACCGUGCGGCGUUGAACGCCGAAGUUAGUGGCGAAGGUGAUAGCAUUUAUGAAUUGGAUCGCGGCAAUGAAGAAAUUGUCGCAUCUGUGACGACCACCAUUGAGAGUCGUUAUAAUGGCGCUGGUGCGGCUGCUGCAGGUGCUGGAGGAGCUGCUGCGGGUGUAUUACAUUCCUUGCUGUCGGCGACGGGCAGCACAGCGAGUGGGAACGGAAAGCAUCGUUCACUGCCUCCCGUACCGCCUAAGCCUCCAAAACGUGGCAUACUGAAGGGCUCACGCAGCAACAUAUCCAACGUACACGAAGAGAUAACAAUCGCAUCGCCCGAGGCACAACUGCUUGUAAUGCGCAACACAAUGCAAAAUGAAUUGCCCUUCGAAGGUAGUCGCAGCAAUAGCAUUAGUGGUGCUGCUACCGGACGCAGUAGCAUGGGUGGUGUAGUCGGUGGCGCCGGUAGUGCAGGCGGCGUUAAUCCACACACCAGCGGCGGCACCGCCUUCACCUCCGUCGAGAGUCUGCGCAGCGACGAAGGUGGCAACGUGGGCAUACAACGCGCCAUGACCCUACCCACAACAGCGCGCUAUGCACCACAACUGCCACAGCAUCAUAGUGGCAAUCUGCGUGUUAUGACCUCGCCAUCACCCAGCGCAGACAGUCUCACAGAUACGACAAAUUCUUCCUUUGCCACGCCACCAUUUUCGCUGAGUCCUAUUGGCGAAUCGCAAGGCAUCGAUCGGUGGUCGCGUGUACACGCAUUCGAGGAUGUGCAAUUGCCAUUGCCACCGAUUAAGUUGGUGCAACUGCCGCCGGCGCGUGAGCUCGUUAUUAGGCGUCAGAAGUCGCCACGCAAUGAUUUUGGGUUCAGUUUACGCAAAGCGAUUUGUUUGGAUCGCGCCGAAUCGCUGACCGCACCCACAUUCAAGCCGGUCAUAUUCGCUGAGCCGGGUGCGGGUGGUGGUGCGACUGGACUGCUGCCUGGCGAUCGUUUGCUCAAAGUGAACGGUACGCCGGUGAGUGAGUUGUCGCGUGAGGUGAUCAUCGAGAUGAUACGCAACAGCGGCGAUUCGGUUACUGUGGAGGUACAACCUGUUUCGGAGCUGGUGGAGCUGAGUAAGCGCUGCAUGCCGCCUCAAGGUAUAGGCGUUACUGCUGCAGACGAUGAGGUGGAUCGCGCGGCGAGAAAUGCGAAUUGCAAUACGUUGAAGAGAAGCGCCAGCAAGCGUUUUAAGCAGCAGCCACGCCAUAGCAACAACAGCAAUACGACCAAUGAUGACUCCGCACGCUCCGGUGUCGACAAUGGCAAUGGUGUGGCUGGCGACGCCGCUGACUCCACCACGCACGAUGUCGAUGGCGAACGCGUUUGGCUAGUCCAUCGGGGUGGCUUUUGUGCCGCCUUACGUCUACCACAAUCAACCGUGCAACGGGAGAAUCACAAGGUGACCAUACGUCUGCUACACAAUGGCGCCGAAAUGAUGGUCGACGAAGAUGAUAUCGAGAAACAGAAUGCAGCAACGCUUGAUUUGGUCGAGGACAUUUGCGAUUUGAAGCAAUUGAACGAGGCGUCAGUGUUGCAUUGCUUACGUCAGCGUUUCGCCAGCAAUUUGAUACACACGAAGGCGGGCCCCACGCUGCUCGUCGUCAAUCCAAUGGCACCGCUAUCGCUCUACUCGGAAAAGGUUGUUUCAAUGUUUCGCGGCUGCAAGACAGAGGAUAUGCCUCCGCACAUUUAUUCGCUGGCACAGACCGCCUACAGGGCCAUGUUGGAAACGCGUCGCGAUCAAAGUCUAAUAUUCAUGGGACGUUCUGGUUCUGGCAAGACGACAAGCUUCAAACACGCCUUAUACUAUUUGGCGUUGGCCGCCGGCUCCUACAAUAAUUUUCUGAAUGCCGAGAAGGUCAACUCUAUCAACAUCAUUUUAGAGGCAUUCGGUAAUACAAAAACCUGUCUCAACGCGAAUGCCACGCGCUUCACACAGCUACUAAGCUUAGAUUUCGAUCAAACUGGGCAAAUUGCCUCCGCUUCGGUGCAGAUACUGCUGCCCGAGCGUCAGCGCGCCGGUCGUCGGCAACCCAACGAUCACAGCUUCCAUAUAAUGUGUCGUCUGCUCGCCGGCGCCGAAGGUUUGCUGCAGAAAGAGUUGCAUUUGGACAACAUUUCCGCGGCCGAUAAUCAUCCUUUCGUUUCACUGUCGCAAAAAUUAGAGGAGCGUCAUCGCGCAGGCGCUGAGUUUAUGCGCACCACACAGGCAUUGGAAGCGCUGAAUAUAGAACCGAAAGCGGUGCGUGGCAUUUGGAGUAUAUUGACGGCCAUUUAUCAUCUCGGUUUGGCUGGCGUUACAAAACUCAAUGCUGGUCCGGCCUCGCGCGUACAGUUCGCCAACCCAUCAGCCGCACGCCGAGCUGCUGGCCUACUCGGCGUGUCUAUGGAGGAUUUAACGGCGGCGGCUUUCAAUGUCACUGGUCCUGGUGGUGGCGGCGGCACGAGUCCUUCGAAAUCGCCUACCGACAGCACUGAGCAAGCUUGGGAGUCGCUCGAGGCGCUUGCCGUGGGUCUGUAUUCUGAGGCUUUAGCUGCUGUCGUGGCGUUGAUCAACAAAGCCAUUUGCACCUCGGCGCACACAAUCGCUUCUAUUAUGCUUGUCGAUACGCCUGGCUUUCAAAAUCCAGCCAGCUGCGGUCUGCAAACGGGUGCCACACUCUCCGAUUUACGUCACAACUACCUACAGGAGCGCCUGCAGUUGCUUUUCCAUCACACCACUUUGGUAGCGCCGCGUGACCGCUAUGCGCAGGAGCUGGUGGAGAUCGAUACCGAGGGCAUGCCAGAAACACAUCCUGGCCCGUUGGUCUCACUCAUCGAUAAGGCGCCACAAAAUCAUGUAGUGCGUUCGUCACAACGUGAUUUACGUGAACACGAUCGUCGCGGUCUGCUGUGGCUGCUCGACGAGGAGUCCAUGUAUCCCAACUGCAACGAUGAUACAUUCCUGGAGCGCCUCUUUGCGCACUACGGAGAUCGUGAGCAUCAGACGCUGUUGCGCAAGUGCUCCGGACCCAAACAGUUUGUGCUGCAACACCUGCAAGGCACCAAUCCCGUGCUAUACACUGUCGAUGGUUGGGUGCGGCAUAGCCGUGAGCACCCCGCCAUACGUAAUGCAGUGACACUGCUGCAGGACAGCUCCCGCGAUGAGAUCAGCCGGCUGUAUAUUGGUUCGUUGACGCGUGGCGCUGGUGGUAUAGUAUUUUGCGGCUCCAUAGCUGGGCUGGAAGGUACACAAUCGUUGCGUCGUGUCUCCAGCAUUCGACGCUCGUUCACCUCCGCUGGCGUGAAGCGUAAUUCCAUAAUGUUGCAAGUGAAAUUCACCGUGGAUGGCAUAAUCGACACGUUGCGGCGUACAGGCACGCAUUUUGUGCACUGUUACAUGUUGCAACACAAUGCCGGACAGCAUAGCAGUUACUCGGCGAGUGGGUCGCCAAAUGCAGCGGCGCUGCAAUCGAGUAGCGAGGACAUGGUGAAUGUUCCUUUGUUGCGUAGUCAGUUGCGCGGUUCACAAGUGCUCGAGGCGGCACGAUUGCAUCGUUUGGGCUUCCCAGAAUCAGUUCCUUUGGCCGAGUUUGUGCGUCGCUUUGGCUUGCUGGCUGGUGUUGAUACCACUGGCGCCAAUGAUAUAACCAUAGAACAAAUAUUAUCCGCUAACGAAGUGGACACUGCCACAUACCGUAUCGGUCCUAGUCAAAUUUUAUUCCGUUCUGGUGUUUUGAGUGAAUUGGAAGCGAAACGUGAUGAGCUGCUGUCGGAUCGCAUCAUACAAUUGCAGGCGUAUUGCCGCGGCUAUUUGGCACGUAAACAGGUGGCGCGCCGACGCGUACAGGAGUUGGCCGUUCGUUGUAUUCAACGCAAUGUUAAAGCAUUUCUUACGGUCCGCGAUUGGCCCUGGUGGCGCCUUUUGGUGCGUGUAACACCUCUCCUAAAUGUCCAUCGUACCGAGGAGCAGCUAAAGUCGGCGAACGAAGAAUUGGCAAUGCUGCGUGCCAAGUUGGAGAAAAUCGAAAACGAUCGCAACGAAUUGAAGACUGAAAAUCAGAAAUUGGAAGCGAAGUUAUCCGAAAUGACGGUGGACCUCGCCGAGGAGCGCUCUACCGCUAAUAUUGCCACCGAGCGGCUCGAAGCCGAAACAGCCGAACGUUUGAAACUCGAAAAAGAACUCAAUGAACAACAAAACAAAGUGAAAAAUCUGCAAGAAACCAGCGAAAAGCUGGAAAUGGAACUGAUUUGUGCCAAAUCCGAUUUGAAUGGCAUAUCCGAGGAUGAGGAUCCAGAGAAUGAUGAAAGUGGUGGCGGCGGCGUUUAUAAAUUGAAAUAUGAGCGCGUGGCGCGUGAGCUGGAGUUCACCAAGCGACGCUUGCAAACCCAACACGAACAUGAUCUGGAACAACUAGUCGGACUGAAGAAACAGUUGGAGAAGAAGCUCUCCGAUGCCUAUGAGGAGGUCGAGGAGCAACGCCAGGUUGUCGGUCAAUGGAAGCGCAAAGCGCAAAAAAUGACCAAUGAAAUGAAUGAUUUGCGUAUGUUGCUCGAAGAGCAGAAUGGUCGCAAUAAUUUGUUGGAGAAGAAACAGCGUAAAUUUGAUGCUGAAUGUCAAUCGUUGCAGGAUGCAGCUCGUCUAGAACGUCAAACGAAGGAUAGGCUAUCACGCGAAAAGGACGUACUCAUCGCUGAGAAAUUCACGUUGGAACAAACAUUGGCGGACACUCGUCUUGAGCUCGAACUCAAGGAAGAGAAGUUGGCGUCGCUACAGCGUGAACUGGAAGAGAUGACUUUCGGUGGCAGCACCGAAGAGGAAAUCGCACAGCUGCGUCGUUCCAAAAAUGAAUUGGACCGACGUGUCAAAGAGCAAGAGGAAGAACUGGAUGAGAUGGCAGGGCAGGUGCAAUUGCUUGAACAAGCCAAAUUGCGUUUGGAAAUGACGCUGGAGACAAUGCGAAAGGAAGCACGACGAGAGACGCAACAACGUGACGAUGAGUUGGAGGAGGCGCGCAACAGCUCCUAUAAGAAGAUUAAAGCUUUGGAAUGCCAACUGGAGACAGAGCAUGAAGAACGCACUUUGUUGUUGCGCGAGAAGCACGAACUCGAGCGACGUCUAUCUUCGAUGGAGGAUCAAGAUCGCAUGGAUCGCCAAGCCGAAGAGGCUGCUACACAGAAACUAAAACGCGAUCUACGCAAAUACAAAGCGCUGUUGAAGGAUGCGCAAGCGCAAUUGGAACGUUCAAAAGCAGAAACGCCUGGCAAGGCGCUCAUACGGCAGUUACGAAAUCAACUCGAGGAUGCAGAAUCGGCGCGCACGCUUGCCAUGAAGGCACGUCAAGCAGCCGAAGCGGAACUAGCCGAGGUGCAAGCAAUGUUCGAGGAAUCACAGCGUGGUCGCAAUGAUGCCGAAGAACGCGCCAAUGCUGCGCAUCGUGAUCGUGCCGAGUUGCAGGCGCAGAUUGAAGAGAAUGAAGAGGAAUUGGCUGAGUUGAUGAAGAAAUACAGCGCGGCUGUAAAGCAGUUGAAUACCGAACAGAUUGCAGCUUCCGAGUAUGAGUUCAAACUAUCCGAGCUGGAGGCAGAACGCAAUAAUCUCAAGGAGCAAGUAAGCGAACUGCAGCAGCGGUUGGAGAAUCUAGAGAAUAUGGCUGAUCCAUCGACAGCAAUGCUAUCGAAGCGCUUGGAACUCCGCACCAAAGAACUAGAAUCCCGCCUCGACCUCGAACAAGCCACACGCACACGUCUCGAGGUGCAAGUGACGCGGCUCAAAGAGACGCUCGAUAAGGUACAGAACGAUGUGGCGCAGGCGAAGGGGCGUGAAAUGCAAGCGCAAGAUGCGCUCAAGAAAUCACAAAAGAGUUUGCGUGACAUGCGCGAAGAGUAUCAUGUGGUGGCGGGACGUGAACAAGAGUCGGUGACGAAACGCAAAGAUCUCGAAAAGAAACUGGAACAAGUGGAAUCCGAGUCGUCCGCACUGAAGAAUGAUUUGCGACUGGCGUUGCAACGAAUUGCCGAUUUGCAGCAGGCCAUGGAGGAAGGCGAUGAUGAUGUGAGCGAUAGUGAGGAUUCACAAAGCACAGAUGGUACGUUGAGCGAUUUAGAGGAGCGUUUGCGACCCAUUAAAGUGAAGCGGACCACGAAUGGUGAAAUAAUGAGUCCGAGCUCGACUAAAACGUUGGUGCAUGAAAAGGAUGACAAUAGUCCGAGAAUCACAUUGACCUCACCAUCAUCACCGCAUAUUCAUAAGUUGGCGCGACAGGCGUUGAAUGCAGCAGAUGCCAAGGCGACAGACAAGGAUGCAGCGUCAGGCGAUGGCAAGAAGACGACGACCACGGUGAAUAGUAUUAGCAAGGAGAAGAGCAGUGAAAGCUUGAAGAAUGGUGACGCAAUGUCGUAUGCUUGAGUCGAUGGGGGGCAUACAAGAGGAAGAGGUAAAGAGAAAUAAAACACAGGAAAUGUGAGAGAGAGAACACAGGAAGUGAGCGAAAGUGAACGCAAGCAAAGGAUGACGACCUGUGCUAUGAGCAAAGUUGAGCAUUGUGCUGCUGGCAAUUAGCAGCUGCUGCUUUUAACAUAAUUUUAAAACUAUUUUAGCUUAAAUGAGUGUGAAAGAAAAACUAAAAAAAAAAAAAAUAGUAAUUGCAAUAAUUAGCAGAAACGUGUUGGGGGUAAAAGCAAAUUGAGUUUUGUGCUCGAAAGUAAGGAUUUUAAUGCAAUGCAGUUUGUGUACUUUUUUUCUACAAAAAGGGGAUUAAAGGGAGAAAGGCAAUAUGGCAAUCCAUUGACACGCCGAGUCUGAGCAACAUUUUGUCACUUUUUUCUAACAACAAGCGUUGGCUAACAGUUUCACUAAAACGAAACGUUAAACAUAAAACACCAAAAUUUUGCAUAAAUAAAUCACUUACAAAAAAGCGAAAUAAGCAAAAACUACAAAAAAAAAAAUAUUUUAAUAUUUUGAUACAUAGAAAUUUUGCAAAAAAAAAACAACCACAAAAGCAUUACCUACUACUACUAUUAAUACUACUUAAAAAUAUUAAAAAAUAUUUAAUGGAAAUUUCAAUAAACCGCAUUAGUCCAACAGAAAAUUUAGUCAAAGGAAACACACAAAAACAUUUUAAGAAGCAUAGCUACACACACAGACAUACAAAUACUAACGGUUUAGCAAUAUUGAGUUAGCAAAAUGAUGGAAGAGAAGGUACGGUACUAGUUUAAACAAAGAUUUGAUUUCGAGGACUUUGACGGGCAGCUGAAAGAGUUGUAGGAGGGCAAUGCAAACAAAAAAUUCCCCAAUACAAGAUCUGUUACUGUGAAAGCUUAUACCUGUAAAUGGCAAUAUUCAGAGACUAAUUUUAGAAAAAUUAAAAAUCGCAUUUUUGAAAGUUAAAUAGGAAGCCGGGAGGUUUUAUUUCACAUGCUUCCAUACUUUCGAGUUAUGGAAAUUUUAUCGGUAUUCCUGCACUCAUUUGAUCUACGCUUUGCACUUUCUUCCUCUUUUCAAACAACAAAUUUGAGACUUUA